AUGGCCUCGUUUUGGCGUCACUUUUUGCUCCUUUCGCUCGUGACGAGCGCUGUCUUUACUCAAUGUCCCAAUGGGGGUUACGGAGUACCGAACGAGAACGUCUGCGUCUAUUUGUUCCCCGACGCCGAUUUCUACUAUGACGUCAUUCACAAGUGCGCGACGGUGGGCGGGAUUCCGGCAAAAGUCGUGAACAUCUACGAGAAUAGCUUCAUCUAUGCCCUCGUUUCAUCGCUAACGCAGAAAAGCUCGUUCAUCGGAGUCGAGAAACUGAUCAACGGCACCUGGACAUACGCCGAUGGGACCCCGUUGAGUUAUCAGAACUGGGCUGACGGAGAGCCAAAACUAAAAAACAACACGAGUCAAUGUGUGUUGAUGGAUGGGGGAAGUGGGAAGUGGAUGACGACCGAUUGUUCGACAGGCCAACCGUUCAUUUGCACUGUCGGCAACGAAAAACCGCCCCAGCAAAAAUGUGCCGAUGGAUGGGUGUACAACAAUCGCACCAAUUUCUGCUAUUUUCUUCAAGGUUUUUCCUACUCGGACUCGCUCCACUGGGACAUGUACAAUGUGACGAUAGCCGAGGCGAACUGCAAGAAAAUGGACGCACAUUUGGUAUCGAUUCACUCGGAAGAGGAGAACAACUUUGUGUUGGAUCUCGUGCACUCGAAUGUAAAAAAUGAGUCGUCGGCAGCUCCCGAUCACAAUCCCUGCGGCUAUCUGUACGCGAAGAUCGGUCUUUAUGGGAAUGGCUUGGUCGGGAGUGGGAGUUGGACUGACGGGACGCCAGUCGAUUGGACUCCUUUCGCCACUUCGCGUGGCUCCUACUGGCAUUUUGCGAUUGUCAACGACGAUUAUUGUGACUCGAAAGAAUGGAUUGGCGAUGAGCGACUCAGUGCUCGUUUUGUUUGCAAGAAACCCUCGACGAGUCAAACAACGAAAAAACAA